AUGCGUCGGCCCGGUCUGUUGACCUGCUACAUUAGCCUGCUCGCCGGAGCAGCCACAGCCCACUUCUCGGCUGCAGUCAUCACUCGCUCUGCUAACACUAAUCCUCAUUAUGGCAUCGUGGAAACAGAAGCCGCUUUCCUUCAAGCAGCAGCAACGCCUAUAGAGACUACGGACGCAACUACAGCUUGUCUGCCCACCAUGAACAUGCUGAGGGUGCUUAACCUUCGUGACCAGGCGCUAGAGGCUCUCCAACCAGAGACAGGAGGAACAACUGUACAGGAAGGAGAAGAAGAAGACGAUCAAGAAGAGCUUACAAAAUCCAAUACAGUAGCUGAGAUCGCAAAAGGGUUGGCAGGGACCGAUGCGGAUAAGUGUGAGGCAGGAGCGACGGCGAAUGCAAAAACGCAUACUGGGCUUGUGAUUCCUUUCGAAUACUCCACAACCUUUGACUGUGGAUCGUUGAUCCAGGACCACUUUACCACAGGACUGACCCAUAUACAAGAAUCAAAUUUCGACCCGGCUACAGGGACAUAUGACACUGGAAAAGCCCCAUUUGAUAAUUUAUCGGCCAGUAAUGUUGCUAACAUAAUGUGGAGCAAAAGCAAGAAGGCGUCUUGUGCCGUCACGAACAAUUGUCGAGCCGGUCACAACGUUCUGUAUUGCCGCUUUGUAGAUGCAAUCAAACCGGAAGACAAGCCGUUCACGACUGAACUAUAUGAGGCGCUCUUGCAGCGGCAGGCGGGUUCGGCGUCCAUUGCACUUACCAGCAUUGCCACAACAUUUUUCUGCGCCGCCUUGCUCUUGUUGAGUUAA